AUGUCCAAAUCACUCAUUAAGGGAGCCUUGGAUAUCGAUCCUUGGUUGGAACCAUACUCCAACCAGCUCAUCAGCCGCCAGUUGCAAUACCGUCAAUGGCUCGAGACAUUGGAAAAAACUGAGGGUUCCUUAGCCAAGUUUGCUUCUUCAUACGAACGGUAUGGCCUUCACGCCAACACGGAUACUAAGGAGGUUACCAUCACCGAGUACAUCCCUGACGUACAGCUGGUAUCGCUUGUGGGUGACUUCAACGGCUGGGACGUGGAAAGGCACCAAUUGCAAAAGGUGAACGACUUUGGAUUAUGGAGUCUCACUAUUCCUCCAGUGAAGGAGGACUUUGCCGUUCCUCACGAUUCAAAGUACAAAAUCUCGAUGGUGACUCGCACUGGAGAGCGCAUUUACCGAUUGGAUCCUUGGGUCAGAAGAGCAACAUUCAACAAGGAAACAACGACUUACGAGGGAAGAUUUUGGAAUCCUUCUCUGACCUACACUUUCAAACAAAAAAGACCUGAGCUAAACGAUGUGGAGGGGUUGAAGGUCUACGAGGCGCACGUUGGUAUCUCGUCUCCAGAGCCUAAGAUCGCAAGCUACAAGGAGUUCACCAAGAACACCUUGCCCAUUAUUCAUAAGCUUGGCUAUAACACCAUCCAAUUGAUGGCUGUCAUGGAGCAUGCCUACUACGCCAGUUUCGGUUAUCAGGUGACUAACUUCUUCGCCAUCUCCUCCAGAUACGGUACCCCUGAGGAGCUCAAGGAACUCAUUGAUGAGGCCCACCGGUUGGGUAUCAGAGUUCUUCUUGAUGUUGUUCACUCUCAUAGCUCCAAAAAUGUUGAAGACGGUUUGAAUAAUUUCAAUGGGACCGAUCACUACUUAUUCCACGGUGGUGCCAAAGGAAACCACGACUUGUGGGAUUCGAGAUUGUUUAAUUACUCCAAUUAUGAGACAUUGCGUUUCUUGUUGUCGAACUUGAAGUUUUACAUCGAUGUUUACAAGUUUGAUGGCUUCCGUUUUGAUGGCGUCACCUCUAUGUUGUACAAGCAUCACGGUUUGAGUUACGGCUUCAGCGGUGAUUACAACGAGUACUUCAAUUCAGACUUGGUCGAUGAAGAUGCUAUUACCUACCUCAUGCUCGGACGUCGCUUGCUUGAUGAGAUAAAGGAUAAUGACGGUCCUGCCAACUUCACAACCAUUGCCGAGGAUGUGAGUGGUAUGCCCACAUUGUGUUUGCCGAUCUCUGCGGGCGGUAUUGGAUUUGACUACAGAUUGUCUAUGGCUAUCCCGGAUAUGUGGAUCAAGAUUUUGAAGCACUUACUGGACGACGAGUGGGACAUUGGCAACAUUGUUUUUACAUUAACUAAUAGAAGACACGGAGAGAAGUGUAUCGCUUACUGCGAGUCUCACGACCAGGCCUUGGUUGGCGAUAAAACGAUAGCAUUCUGGCUCAUGGAUAAGGAAAUGUACACUAACAUGUCUGUUCUCUCACCGAUGACAGAAACUAUAAGCAGAGGACUUGCUUUACACAAAAUGAUUCGUUUGGUUACAUUCGCCUUGGGUGGUGAAGGCUACUUAAACUUUGAGGGUAACGAAUUCGGCCAUCCAGAAUGGUUAGACUUCCCUAGAGAGGGUAAUAAUGAUUCUUAUCAUUACGCGAGACGUCAAUUCAACUUGAUUAACGACGAUCUUUUGCGUUACAAAUUCUUAUUUCAUUUCGAUUCUGCCAUGCUCAAGCUUGACACCGAAUACGGUGUCUUGUUGACCCCUCAGGCUUAUGUGUCUUUGAAACAUGAAAUUGAUAAAGUUUUGGUCUUCGAAAGAAAUGGCCUCCUAUUCAUUUUCAACUUCCACCCAACUCAAUCCUACCCCGACUACAAAGUUGGCGUAGAAGCUGCUGGGGACUAUCAAAUUGUGCUUGACUCGGAUGCUGAGGAAUUCGGGGGUUUUGGGAGAAUCAAAGACACAAACGAAAAAGGAGAAAAACUCAACUUCGUAACUCUGCCAGAGCAGUGGAACAAUAGAUCUAACGCUUUAUUCAUCUAUAUCCCUUCUAGAACUGCCAUAGUGUUACAAUUGAAGAACAAAAUUAGGGCGUGA